GUAUUGGUCGCGCCCUGCCACCUUGCCGGCCCGCUGGCUUCUCCUGGUCAGUGUAAGCGUCCCCUGAGAAGUCUGGUAUGACCGCUAAUGCUAGCUCUGAAGACCCCAGGGCUCUACGUCGCUGAGGAGCGGGCAGAGCGCUCCAAAUCGCUCUGGGAACGCUUUUUCCGUACAGCAACAUGGCCGCGCCCAUUGGCUAUUAGAAAAGGGGAAAUUUUUUUCCUUUGCCCUGAAAGGAUCGUCUUUCAUGACCAUUUUGUAGGUGGGUGCUUGUUUUCAUGAUGCAGAUCUGGGAAGGCGGCGUGCACUUUUCUGACAAGGAAGAGAAUGUCUGUGGUUCACCAGCUGUCACCAGGAUGGUUACUGGAUCAUCUUUCUUUCAUUAACAAGAUAAACUAUCACCUUCACCAGCAACAUAAACCCUGUUGCAGUAAAAAUGAGCCCACUUUUGUCCAUUUUGAUUCUCUUCAAAUGGAUUCUGUGUCCUCUUUUGGAACCUCUGCUACAUUUAUUGCUUCUGACUCUACCACUAAGCCAGACAAUGAUGCUGGAGGAAAUUGUGAAAUGUUCGUACAAAAAUACGUUUUUCGACCGGAACUGUUUGAUGUCACCAAACCUUAUAUAACUCCAGCUAUUCACAAAGAAUGCCAACAAAGGAAUGAAAAGGAAGAUCUAAUGAAUGAUGUUAAAAAAGAAAACUUCAUUUCUACUAUUGGAAAGAAACGUAAAAGAUGUGUUGUUUUCAAUCAAGGUGAAUUGGAUGCUAUGGAGUACCAUACAAAGAUCAGGGGGCUGAUUUUGGAUGGUUCUUCACAGUUAAUCCGAGAAGGUCUUAAAAGUGGCUUUCUUCAUCCUCUUCUUGAAAAACAGGACAAGUGUAGUGAGCCCAUGACUUUACCACUUGAUACGUGCAAUUUGGCAGAAUUAUGUGAAAUGGCAAAGCAUUUGCCUUCUCUGAAUGAAGUAGAACUUCAGACGUUACAAUUGAUGGAAGAUGAUAUGGUUACAGAGCAGGAUUUAUUUUCACGGGUUGUUGAAAACAACUCAAGCUUUACAAAAAUGAUUACUUUAAUGGGACAGAAAUACCUGCUGCCACCACAAAGCAGUUUUCUUUUGUCUGACAUUUCUUGUAUGCACCCACUUCUGAACUGUAGGCAAACAUAUGAUGUAAUUGUGAUAGAUCCACCGUGGCAGAACAAGUCAGUUAAAAGAAGUAACAGGUACAGUUAUUUAUCACCCUUGCAGAUAAAGCAAAUACCUAUCCCUAAACUGGCUGCUCCAAACUGUCUUGUUAUUACUUGGGUGACCAAUAGACAGAAGCACCUACGUUUUGUAAAGGAAGAACUUUAUCCUUCUUGGUCUGUGGAGAUAGUUGCUGAAUGGCACUGGGUAAAAAUCACCAAUUCAGGAGAGUUUGUAUUCCCAUUAGAUUCUCCACACAAAAAGCCUUAUGAAGGUCUUAUACUGGGGAGAGUUCGAGAAGAAAUUGCUUUACCAUUAAGGAAUGCAGAUGUAAAAAUGCUCCCCAUUCCAGAUCACAAGUUAAUUGUCAGUGUGCCCUGUACUCUUCACUCACAUAAGCCACCACUUGCUGAGGUUCUAAAAGACUAUAUCAAGCCAGAUGGGAAAUGUUUGGAAUUGUUUGCUCGAAAUUUACAGCCAGGUUGGACUAGUUGGGGCAAUGAAGUUCUCAAAUUUCAACAUGUGGAUUAUUUUAUUGCUCUGGAUUCUAGAAGCUGAUAUGAUCUUAAAGUUAUGAUUUUCUUCAGUUUUUCUUCACCACUUCUCCUUUUAUUCUAACGGAUUUUUCCUUUUAUUACCAACCAGUAUGCUUAGACAUGUAAACAGGAUUUGGUUUUUCAGCAAAAUGACCAGAAGUGACUAGCCUUCAUGUAAUUUUGAGAUGAAUUUGACUUCAAUCGCAGUAGUAUUCCACAUUAUUCUAGAGUCAGUACAAAUAAAGAGGUAAGCAAUUCGAAGGAUGGCAAGACUUUGUUAUUUGAAAAAGUUCACAAAGCAUGCACUGUGGACCAGAGGUGAUAAUUCUGCCUAUGGAUGUGUUUUGUUUGGCCCAUACAGUGUUGUAAAAAAUUUGAACCAUCUUUCUAAAAUAUCAGGAAUUUCACAUAAAAGUCCAGAUUUCUGCUCCUCUUUACACAUCAGAAGCUCUGGCUACACCGUGGCUGGUGUUCUUUCCUGGCAUCAAUCUGCAGGACCCAGUGGUGGCAACUCACAUGGGAAAGACGGUGCUCUCCAGUUUACCACAGUACCACUUGCUCCCUGCUACUCACUUAUAUUGUUUACUUGGCCCUAUACAACCCGAAUUUACAACCUCUGUUACGUUCUGGGAAAAGUAUUGAGACUUGCAAGGUACUAUGUCAUUGUACUGAGUUUACAAAACAUUUUUGGAGGGUUUUAAAUUGCAUUCAAGGUCACUUUCAAGUACUUCUUAGUUUUGUUUGUUUUUCUAGAAAAAAAUUAAAAAAUAUUUCUUAUAAAAAAUCAGAAAGUAAAUACUGUUUAUGAUUAUGAAAAACAUUUAUAUUAUUUACAAAUUUUCUACAAAUAAUUUACUAAGUAAAAUGUUUACACUGAAAUUAUUCUUUGAAAAGCAUGUUGACUUAUUAUGUAUAACCUU